AUGUAUCUUUUUCUUCAACGGGAACACGAGAGGAAAGGAGAAAGGAGACGGGGAUCGGGUACAAGACGACGCGGCAGCAGCGGCGGCGGCGGCGGCAGAGCGCGCUCCGGAGGCAAGGGGCGGGGAGGGGGUGGCGUAUGCGGGGGCGAACCGAGGGGUGACCGGGACUUGGGACUAAAACUCGGUGGUUCCCGUCGCCCGUUCCCGCGGCCGAGCCUUGAGAGCCACGGUGAGCUCGGGCUUCUCCGAAACCACCGCCCCUACCGUCUCUCCAGGCCCCGGCCCCUCCCCGCGGCUUCCCGGAGCGGCGUCCGGGCCCCGCCCCUCCCCUCCCCGGGGCUCUGCGGGAGCCGCCCGGCCCUGCCCCCUCCCCGCGGUCCCCCGGGAGCCGCCGGGCCCCGCCCCCUCCCCGCGGCUUCCCGGAGCGGCCGCCCGUCCCCGUCCCCGCCCCCACCCCGCGGUCCUGCGGGAGCCGCCCGGCCUCGCCCCCUCCCCGCGGUCCUGCGGGAGCCGCCCGGCCUCGCCCCCUCCCCGCGGUCCUGCGGGAGCCGCCCGGCCUCGCCCCCUCCCCGCGGUCCUGCGGGAGCCGCCCGGCCUCGCUCCCUCCCGCGGUCCUCCGGGAGGCGCCCGGCCUCGGCCCCUCCUCACGGCCCUGCGGCAGCCGCCUGGCCCCGCCGCCUCCCCGCGGUCCUGCGGAAGCCGCCCGUCCCCGCGGCUCUGCGGGAGCCGCCCGGCCCCGGCCCCGGCCCCGGCCCCUCCCCGCGGUCCUGCGGCAGCGCCCGUCCGCGCCCCCUCCCGGCGGCUUUCCGGAGCGGCCGCGCUUCCCCGCCCCCUCCCCGCGGUCCUACCGGAGCCGCCCGGCCCCGCCCCCACCUCGCGGUCCAGCGGCAGCGCCCGGCCCCGCCCCCUCCCCGCGGCUUCCCCGAGCGUCCGGCCGUCCCCGCCCCCUCCCCACGGCUCUGCGGGAGCCGCCCGGCCCCGCCCCCUCCCCGCGGCUUCCCCGAGCGGCCGCCCGGCUUCGCUCCCUCCCCGCUGUCCUGCGGGAGCCGCCCGGCCUCGCCCACUCCCCGCGGUUCUGCGGGAGACGCUGGGCCCCGCCCCCUCCCCGCGGCUUCCCGGAGCGGCCGCCCUUCCCCGCCCCCUCCCCGCGGUCCUACCGGAGCCGCCCGGCCCCGCCCCCACCUCGCGGUCCAGCGGCAGCGCCCGGCCCCGCCCCCUCCCCGCGGCUUCCCCCAGCGGCCGCCCGUCCCCGCUCCCUCCCCACGGCUCUGCGGGAGCCGCCCGGCCCCGCCCCCUCCCCGCGGCUUCGCCGAGCGGCCGCCCGGCUUCGCUCCCUCCCCGCUGUCCUGCGGGAGCCGCCCGGCCUCGCCCACUCCCCGCGGUCCUGCGGGAGCCGCUGGGCCCCGCCCCCUCCCCGCGGCUUCCCGGAGCGGCCGCCCUUUCCCGACCCCUCCCCGCGGUCCUGCAGGAGCCGCCCGGCCUCGCUCCCUCCCCGCGGUCCUGCAGGAGCCGCUCGGCCUCGCCCCCUCCCCGCGGUCCGGCUGCAGCCGCCCGUCCCCGCGGCUCUGCGGGAGCCGCCCGUCCCCGCCCCCUCCCAGCGGUCCUGCGGCAGCGCCCAUCCCCGCCCCCUCCCCGCGGUCCUCCGGGAGCCGCCCGGCCUCGCUCCCUCCCCGCUGUCCUGCUGGAGCCGCUCGGCCUCGCCCCCUCCCCGCGGUCCUGCUGCAGCCGCCCGUCCCCGCGGCUCUGCGGGAGCCGCCCGGCCACGCCCCCUCACGCGGUCCUGCGGCAGCGCCCGUCCCCGCCCCCUCCCCGCGGCUCUGCGGGAGCCGCCCGGCCCCGCCCCCUCCCGCGGCUCCCCGGAGCGACCGCCUAGGCGAGCCGGUGGAAGGCAUCCUCCAGGUGGGCAACCAUCUGAGUGACCUCUCAGCCUGCUGA